GGGCUGCUUUAUUUAAAGGCUUGGGAUCAUCCAAGUAUCCUUUCCCAUAGGACUAUGGGAGUAUGCUGCUUGCAGAGGCUCUGCUGGAAGAAUGCUUGAAGGAAAACUUUGCCAAACUGAAGGACUCUAUUCCACUGACAGAGAAGAAUGAACCAAAACUGAGUGAAGCUAAACAGUAUCUGACCAAUAUCUUAAACAGAGGAAAACUACGACCUAAGUAUAUGACAGAAGCUAUGCUGAUCCUAGGAAAGCUUCAUUAUGUGGAGGGAUCCUACAGAGAUGCCAUCAGCAUGUAUGCAAGAGCAGGAAUUGAUGACCUCUCAACAAAAGAUGAACCUCUGUACAUGCUGCGUUUGGUAACCGAGGCCUUCGUUAUUAAAGGUCUGUCACUGGAGCGUUCAACCAACUCAGUUGCCUCACGUGCUCGACUGUGUGAAAGGGAGGAGGAAGUCAUCUCUUGUUUUGAGACAGCAUGUGUCAUUGCCCAGGUGUACUUGCAGGAGCUUGAAAAGACCUUAAACAACACACACUCAAGGAGUGUCAAGGGCAGCAACGUGACUUACUCUGAGUUUGAACUUUCCUACUUCCUGGAAGCAGCUCUACAGAGUGCCUAUGUGACUCACUUGAAGAAGGGAAAUAUUGUGAAAGGAAUGAGGAGUCUGCGAGAAAUACUACGGACUGCAGAAACAAAAGCUACUCAGACCUUCAAAAUGACUGCAGCCAAACAGCUAGCCCAAGUACUUCUCCAUUCCCUCAGUGAAGACUGUUACUGGAGCCCUUUAUCUGAUCCACUUCCUGAGUUCAUGAACAAGGAAGAUCAGUCUUAUGUUAGCAAUCUUCUUUGUCGGAGGCCCGAGCUGUACACAGAAGAGAAUGCCUACUGCCCUCAAGACAACGUAGAAGAGGCUCUUCUUCUUCUCUUAAUCAGUGAAUCCAUGGCAAACCGGGACGCAGUGAUCAGCCGAGCGCCAGACCAGCAGGAUGACCGAGCUGUCAGCCUCCGGGAUGCUUCUGCAGUCUACGACCUUCUGAGUAUCACGCUGGGCAGAAGAGGGCAGUAUGUCAUGCUUUCUGAGUGCUUGGAGAGAGCUAUGAAGUUUGCAUUUGAUGAAUUUCACCUCUGGUACCAGCUUGCCUUGUCCAUGGUGGCUUGUGGAAAGUCAGCAUAUGCUGUGUCAGUGCUCAAAGAGUGUGCUAAACUGCGACCUACAGAUCCCAUCGUUCCUCUUCUGGCUGCCAAGGUCUGCAUUGGGCCACUGCACUGGCUGGAAGAAGGAGAACACUUCGCUAAAAUGGUGAUAGACCUGGGUGAGGAUGCUGGAGAGUCCCUAGCAAAGGGUUACCUGGCACUGGGCCUGACAUACAGUCUUCAGGCUACUGAUGGUCUGAUGAAGAAUCCACUGAAGACAGGGGGAGCUACUCUGAAGGGCACUCAGGAUGAAUUAAACAAGAAAGCACUUCAGACUUUGGAGAGAGCACGUGACUUGGCCCCAGAAGAUCACCAAAUCAUCCUCUACCUGUCACUGCAGCUGGCUCUUGUCAGACAGAUUUCUGAUGCUAUAGAACAUCUUCAAGAAGCACUGCAACUGUGCAAAGAUGACAUGAAUUCACUUCAUCUACUGGCCCUCCUCUUUUCAGCUCAGAAGCACUAUCAGCAUGCACUGGAUGUUAUCAACAUGGCUGUUGUUGAAUACCCAGAAAGCUUUAGCUUACUCUUCACCAAAGUAAAACUGGAAUGGGUACAUAAAGGACCGGAAGAGGCUCUGGUGACAUGCAGACAUAUGUUGCAGGUGUGGCAGAUGGUAUAUAAUGUUUUACAGCACAGUGGCUCAGAGAAAGGAAGUAGUGUGACUGAAACACCAGUGAUCAAAAAGCAUAAUGGACUGCAUCUCACGCUCCCGGAUGCUCAUGAUACCGAUUCUGGAUCACAGCGAGCCUCUUCCCUUGCUGCAUCAAGACUGGAACAGGCCAUGUCUGAAAUAACUAUGCAGAGCAGUGCAAUGAAACAAGGACCCAUGCAGCUGUGGAUAGCUCUUGAACAAAUCUGGCUACGAGCUGCUGAACUCUUCAUGGAACAGCAGCAUCUCAAAGAAGCAGGCUUUUGUAUCCAGGAGGCAGCUAGUCUUUUCCCCACAUCUCAUGCUGUACUGUACAUGCGUGGGAGGCUUGCAGAGAUGAAAGGCAAUUUGGAGGAGGCUAGGCAAUUGUAUGAUGAAGCACUCACUGUGAAUCCAGCUGGAGUGGAAAUUAUGCACAGCCUGGGCCUGGUGCUGAGCAGACUUGGGCGGAGGGACCUGGCCCAGAAAGUCCUCAGAGAUGCCAUCCGGAUCCAGACCACCAGUCACAGGGCCUGGAACAGCCUUGGGGAAGUCUUGCAAGCUCAGGGGAAAAACGAAGCAGCCAUUGAAUGCUUCCUCACCGCUCUGGACCUUGAAUCCAGCAGUCCUGUCAUCCCGUUCACUGUCAUACCCAGGGAGCUCUGAAGCUUUGCCCUGCAGCUAAGCAUGUUCAUUCUGUGGACAGACACCAAAACCAAACGAAUAAAGAAAAAGCCCAACAGAAAAGUGCCAUUGUAACCUGGAAGUGGGCAAGAUAAUUCCAGGGGAGGGCUCGGGUCUGCAUGCUUAGCCGAGACAAGCCUAACUGUAGAAGAAUUUGCAAUAGGCAGAAAUAGAGAAUGCCUUUUUCUUCACAGGUGCCUGACUAACCUCCUGUUAAUAGCAAGGCUUAUUUCAGAGUGUUGGUUCAAGGUGACUGUAGAAAGAUUAUGCUAGAGUACAGCUGUUGAAAGCACUUGCACCUUUCGAUUUUCAUUAAAGAUAAAAACCCCAAGCGCUGAAUUAAAGCCCAGACCUGCUCUAAACAGGAGUAAAUGCACCAACUAACUUGACCAAGUUGUGCUUAAAUAUGUGGCUAUGUCCACACAGAUCUGACAAGAUAGGAGUGACAAUUAAAUCAUAUAUACAUGCAGUAUAUACCGUUUACAAAAUUGUUUCAGCUAUUUUGAUAAUCCUUUUUCCUGCCUUGCUCUUAUAUAGUGCAUAUGCUCACUAUAUUUAGUGUGGCGCUUGCCUAGAGCAAUUUAAAUUAAAAAUACAUUUUUUUUAAAAGCUUCUAUUGCAGUAUGAUUCACAAAAGCAGAAAGACCAAAGACCAAAUCAGUUCACAGUUGAACUAGUAUUAAAAACAUAUAUGUAUCUCCAGUUACAUAUUUAUUGAAAGGCCUUGCAUGAAGUAGCCACUUAAAAACUCUGAGCUUCAUUCUUAUUAAAGAAACUGUUGCAUCACUUUUAGUGAAGAAUAUAGUGAUUACCAGUAUAUAGUGACUGAACUCUGCGCUCUACUGCAUUUUCAUUCCUGGCACAAAACAUUUGCAUAUCCAUCUUUUUAUGAUACAAAAGAUGGCAGCAGUCUUUUAAGGGAAAGUACACUUAAGGCUGUAUGUGUAUAUAUGAAUUACUUCUUUCUUGAAACCAAAUCUUCGGCUUAUCUGUAGAAUUUUCACAUUAGAGGUAUGGAGUUGAGCCUUCAGCAGAGCAGGAUGAUUUUGCGUAUUGUAUCAGAUGUGAGUGAAGAGUUCCUAAUCCACGCGGCCGCCUCAUGGCUGGCACAGCUGGGGCAGGGGACACGGCUGGCACACGCCCUGCUAAGCUGCUCCUCAGCUGAGCUUGGCCUUCCCUGGGGCCUUGGCAGCGAGGCAGAGCUGUGCUGUGCUGUCACAUGACACACGAGAGCCAGACCAGUCCCAAGAUGAAGAUGAUGCAGAAAUAAGCUGCAGGCACUUUGCUACACAAAAGGUUGGGGCUCUGUGCCUGUUUCUGUCCAAAGAAGAUUUGUGACUAUUUCAUAAGUAGGUUUGCACUAAAACACACUUUGUAUUAUAAUUCUGCCCAGUAUUGUGAUCCACAGCUAGUUCAUUCCAGAAAUAAUAAUAUCCUCAGGCAAUAAACGAGGAGGGGUUAUUUCUUAAAGAGCCUGAGGCUCUGGCAGCAGGCUUGAAGUUAGCGUUGUUUACAAUUAUUUGGAAACGCAGGCUAAUGGAGAGGUGAGCCCCUCAUGCUGCUCUCAGGCCACACCAGAGCUCCUGCCCCCCCCCCAGCCUCCCCUCAAGGCGCCUAUGUGUGAAGAUGUACACUGCCCUCAGGUUUCACUCAGCAGCCUGUUGCACUCCCAGGCCAAUAUUUUUAAUUUUUAUCAUUGAGUUGUGCUGGAGCAAUAGCUCAGUUUAUUCAUCUGUUGACCAAGGGAUCUGGAGUGAAAGCAGCCCAGCUGUGAGGUGUGCUCAGCCCAUGAGGUCUCUGGCUUUCCAGUGCCACACAGGCACCAAAACCCGGCUUUUUAGGCCAGAGGCAGGUUCCCAAGGAGACAGUGUUACCCGGCCACAUUUCUCAUUGCACUAGCACCAGCAGCAGAGGAGGGAGUAGGUGUUAAAGUACCAGAAUUAAAUGAGUUUCAUGAAGACAAAAAGACGCAGCAGAGGCCCAUUUUGCUGUGAAGGAUGCGGUGAAGUCGGCUUGCGCUGCACUGCAGGUGGGAGAGGGGGAAGGGGAGGGAGAGAGAUGUCAUUAUUGACAUAAUACGUAAAUUGUUACCCAGGUGUUUUAAACCCAGUUCCACAGUCAGAUGCAAUCUGACAAUAGACAAGUAGAUAUAGAUAGAUAGAUAGAUAGAUAGAUAGAUAGAUAGAUAGAUAGAUAGAUAUUCCAAUAUUUGUUCUGCUCCGCAGUUCUCGGGGUGGGAGCAAGCCUUCUGUGUAAGACACAAAAAAAGAGUUGGUGUGGUCCAACAUCACCACUUGCUUGUGCAACGUAUAUCUGUAAAGUGCUGCCAUAGCAACCUCUGUGUGCCGGACAGCUAUUUGAGUACAAGCUAUGCAACCACCUCUGCGGUUGAGGAACUGCUUUAAGAGGUCUGUAACAUAGCUAGUCUGUGACCUGGCAGGAGGGUGCCUGUUUCCCAGCAGCAGCUAAAAAGCAAACACUCACAGACUCAUUUAUUUCUGCAUGCGUGGCUUGUAAACAGUCACCAGCCCAUCACAUUUUUUGCCACCAGGCAAACUUCAUCUUGGUGAUAAUCAGACUUGCCACAGCAGUAAUCUUCCUAGGAGAGGCGCAAAUGUGCACGCGAAGUUUGAAUGCAUCAACCAGUCGGAUGUUGCCGGGGUGGUCCCAAGUUUGUCAUGUGCAUUAAUGAGUGUUACGGGCAUUGGAGUUCCAGUCCUAAGAGCCUCUGCUCCAGGUGUGGCAAGGAAGACAUACACGAGUAAAUGCCACCAGCAUCAGUAGGAAUUGCAGGGGUAAUGUACCCUCCACCAGCAUGGCACAGCACAGCCCCAACAACAAUUGCAGACAAAGUACUUUACAUGCAUACUGGACUCAAUCCAAGACCUGCUACAUGCUCCCCAGAGGAUCCGAAGCACCCGUUGGCUGGAGGGCUGUUACAUUGCCCUGAAAUGCUGUGUACAGUGCAGGAAAGAGGGCAGUUUGUUGCAGACUGUCAGGUAUUUGGGGAGUAAAUCUUCCAGCUGCAUUUGUCAUUAGUGCUCACCAAAACAGAAGCCUUCCCAAAUUUACAUGCUACCUCUGCAGCAUGGAUUUUGUUCAUACUUCCAGGUACAGCAAAGCAAAGACAACUACUUCAGACAAACGUGUAUUAUAGUCUUUGUUUAGAUUGCAACGUUGAUAAAUCUAAUAGACUUGCUUCCCUGAGCUCAGUAAGUAAUGCUUCGUUGUAUAGCAGGGAGCUUGGCAUGCUCAAUGCUCAGGGUUUGAGGCUAAGAACAUAAGGUUUACGUCCCGUCCCUUGUAUGACUAUUACAAAUGAUCAUGAUUAAUGGUAGUUUGGGGAACAAUAAGCUAAAUGGUAAUUUUGCAGGUUUUAGCACUGACUUUGAGUCCAACAGAGUUUUCUCAUUAGUUUAGAAAGAGGAAGAGAAAGAAGGCAUCGUUGCCUAAAGGAUCCAGAUACACACCCAGGUUCCUCUCAUUUCACCACAAGGUUAUUUUCCUCUGUGUUGGCAGGGUGCAUACAAAAGAAAAAUAAUUAGCCUCUCUUUUUUUUCUGUUGCACAGUAAAUGGGUAGUAUUUGCUGUUGCCUUUGACCAACAAGAAGGUUUUUCUAUUGUAACAAAAAUUACUCAGCCUCCAGGAUAACAGAAGGAGAAGCCCAACAGGCCAGGGAACAAGUCCCCUCCCUGCCUUACCCCGUGUAGUCUCUCAUUAGCUCCACGGGAGUUGUUGGUAGUUACGAGCAUUUGCUCCAGCUGAGGAUCUGCCCACUGGUGUCCUCAUGCUGCACAGGGAGUACAACAGAGCUGCCAUAUUCUUGCACUGCACAAGUACGCCAGUCCGUUUCUAUUGGUAACAGUUCAUGCUACUGAUUAUCACAAUGCUUCAGAAGUGCUAAUUAUCUUUUCUUAGUAAUGACUAAUAAAUCCAAAUGGAGAACAGUCCUGGAGGGUGUUUACUUUAAAAUUCACUGGCUAGGUACCAAAGUAGGCACAGCACUGAAUGCUGCAGUUUGAAUUACAGUUCUUUUUUCCAAAAAAUGUUCCAUUUUCAGAGAAUCUUGGUGAAGAGAGUGUUUGGUUAGUUUCUAUUUCAUUUUAAUGACAGCAGAGUGGGAAACAAUCCUUUUUAGUGAAAAGAGAUCACUGCCAUGAUCAUUUUUCAGCCAAACCAGCCGAGGUUUGAUAGUUGCAAUUCAGCCUAGGAGAGGAAGGCUUCCCAGAGCAACCGCGCUGCAGUGAUAAUUGCCUCUGACAGCAUUGUAUUACGGGCAUAUUUGACAAUUAUGCAACGCGCAUGUGUAGCUGAGACGUCUCUCCCUCCCCCAGCAUGUCAUGUAUUUGGCUAAGGAGAGCUGCUUUAUGCCUAAAGGGACAACUGCAGUGCCCUCUGGGUGCCCGUCAGCAUUGUCCUGGUGCUGGCUCUCACCUGUGAGGUGGCUGCUGCCACCAGCCACAUGGUCUUGUUUGCCAGCACCCCCUUGCUUGUGCUGGUUUAACCAACCCUCUGACCGUUCCCUAAGCCUGGCUCCAGGCGACAGUCUCCCUACUGUUAAGUUGUUGUUCAGUGCCGCAGGAUAUCAGUGCAUGGUCACAUUAAGAGUUAUUUUCUUAGAAAUGAGAAGCUGGAACUUUCAUCAGUUUGGUGAUGUUGGUGGGAGGGGGGGGUAACGACUGACUCAGCAGCUGCUGAGAUGCUUCCUUCAACGUUGCCUUUAAUGAACUGGCUCGUGCCCUCAGCCCUAGCAAACCAACACAGGUUCCCAAGUAAGGGGAUGCUAAAAGAUUCGGCUUGUUUCCCCAGAAAAACACAUGCCAGUCCGUAGCUAAAACCACUGACAGGGACAUGACACUGCACCGUUGCAGAGCAUCCUGUCAUUAUACAAGUAAGAACCUCCCCAAGCUGGUGCUCAGUUUUCACAUGUAUGAGCAUUUCCUACCCACCACUUGAAUACUGUUAACACGGUUGUCGGAACAGGUUUUCCAUGUAACUUCACUUUUUUUUGCAUUGUAAGAUGUUUUCACCAGACAAAUAAAAUUGACCCUGUGAAAAACAAAAAUUGCUCCUCAUAUUUCCUGCCAAUUUCAGUACUUAAUAUAUUCAUGCCACAGAUACUUCAAGCAUUAUGAAAAAAACAUUUGUUGUAUUAAGUGGAACCUAGUGUGCCUAGCAAGUUACCAGUUGCAAAGGGUAUUUUGGCCUACACCCUGUAGUUCAUGGGAAAAACGAGAGUGAGCAUGCAAGCAGAGUGGUUUCAGAGAGGAACACAGCCAGGAAAAAGGAGUAAUGUAGCCUCAGAUGUUUGGAUUCAUGGAGAUUUAAGCAAGCAUCAUGCUUUUCUUGUGCUUCUUCCAGAAAAAAUAAACAAAGGUAGUGUGAGAAACUCUAACAUCGAGGUAAUAUACCAGAUACUAUGCCAUCAAGUUUAGGGACUCACUGUAUUUUGUCCACAAUGCUAUUAAUCACCUUUUUGCUACAAACAGUUACUCCUGUGGUUAUUUGGAAAU